GGUAGAAAAACCUCAUGUUUUGCACAAAUAUUGAACACAACUAUGGCUUCAAACAUGACCACAAAAGUGCCGGAAAGCCGUGACCUGACCCGCAUUGAGCGGAUCGGCGCUCAUUCACACAUCAGGGGCUUAGGAGUGGACGAGUUGUUGCAACCAAAAGAGCUCCAGAAGCGCAAAGAAGUGGCACAUUUGGUGACACUUCACGAGAUAGAUGUGAUUAAUUCACGAACGCAGGGCUUUUUGGCACUCUUUUCGGGCGACACCGGAGAGAUCAAAGCCGAGGUCAGGGAACAGAUCAACGCUAAAGUGAGCGAAUGGAAAGAGGAGGGAAAGGCGGACAUUAUUCCGGGCGUAUUGUUCAUCGAUGAGGUCCAUAUGCUGGACAUCGAGUGCUUCUCAUUCAUCAAUCGGGCCAUUGAGUCAGACUUCGCGCCGAUCCUCAUAACGGCCACUAAUCGGGGCAUUACUCGCAUUCGGGGCACGAAUUAUCAGUCGCCGCACGGAAUACCGAUCGAUCUGUUGGACCGUUUGGUGAUAAUCUUGACGACUCCCUACUCUGAAAAGGAGAUCCGAGAGAUUCUGAAGAUUCGCUGUUCCGAAGAAGACGUCGAUAUGAACGAAGAAGCGUUGAUUGUGUUGACAAAGAUUGCGACCAAGAGUUCGCUCCGGUAUGCGCUUCAGUUGAUAACGACUUCACAUUUGGUGGCUUUGAAGCGAAAGGCCACUCAAGUGACACAAGAAGACAUCCGUAGAGUGUAUUCCCUGUUCUUAGACGAGGCCCGAAGUGAAGAGUUUCUCAAACAAUACGAACAACACUUUAUGUUUAACGAACUCAACGGUAAUGGUGUGGCCGGCGAUAAGGUCUCCCCCACUGAGAGCAUGGAAACCACAUAA